AUGACAAAGAAACGGAAAGGAGGAAAGCAUGAAAAUGAGCAACUUGAAGAACUUCCUACAAAAUUUAAUGGGCUUGAGAAGCCACAGGAAGUCUCAAAAGAUGGUUUACUUGCUUCACAGCCAUUAACAAAAAAAUGGAAGAAUAUGACAGUUCGAUCAUUCUGGACAUUUGUCAUGAUAUUUGGUUUUUUUGCCAUUUUGGCUUUAGGAACUAUAUGGGUCAUUCUUCUUGUAGUCGUGAUUCAAACGCUGGUAUAUAAAGAAGUUAUCGCAAUUGCACAUGUACCAAGCAAAGAGAAGAAAUUGCCGUGGUUUAAAACACUUAAUUGGUUCGUGCUGCCCGUGUCUUUGGUAAUAUGUAAUGAUAUCUUUGCGUAUAUGUGUGGAUUUUUCUGGGGUAAAACACCUUUGAUUAAAUUGAGUCCUAAGAAGACGUGGGAAGGAUUCGUGGGUGCCUGGAUUUGUACGAUAAUUUUCGGAUUUUUUUGGUCUUCCUUAUUAAGACGUUGGGAUUACAUGAUCUGUCCUGCUCAGGAUUUAACAACCACGGCAUUUUCGGGAGAAUUAAGGUGUGCCCCCAAUCCAGUGUUUAUUCCUCAAAACUACGAUCUAAAUCCUUGGUUAACUAGUUUAUUCAGGCGAAUAACAUUUACAGAUAUCCGAUCAGUUGGGAUCGCGCCACUCCAGUGGCACGUCUUGGUCAUGGCAUGUUUCGCUUCCCUGAUCGCACCAUUUGGUGGUUUCUUUGCGAGCGGAGUUAAGAGAGCAUUCAAAAUUAAAGAUUUUGGAGAUUCUAUUCCUGGACAUGGAGGUAUCACAGAUCGUAUGGAUUGUCAAUUCCUUAUGGGGUUGUUUUCACACAUGUAUUAUCAAAGUUUUAUCAAGACAUCAUCUUUGACAGUUGGAACAGUUCUUGAAGCAAUCAUUUCACUUGAUGAACAAGAUCAAAAGUAUCUUUAUGGCAAAUUAAAACAAUACUUAAUAAGUCAAGAUCUAUUGAAAGAGGAUUAA